AACCUUCCAUGAAAUUGGGAGCUAAGGAUUCUUUGGAGGGAUAAAAAGUCAGGAGGUUUGUUUAAAGUUGUGAAAUUUUGAAGCCAUGCUGCUUUAAAAAAAAAAAAAAGACUUAAAGUUGGCUAGUUCUGGGUGCUGGAAGGACAGAUUGAUGCAUCGUGUCUCCAGAAAUUAGAGUAAUCCUGGCUGAUUUUAUCUCAGCCCAGUUCCUUAAAUCUGCAGCUGCUUCUGGUAUAUGAGGGGAUUAAAAGACUGGCAGUGGAUUAUGUAUAUCCUGUGGCUUUUGCUGUUUACGGAGUUCCCCUUCUAGUCUGCCAUUCCUACAGGGCAUGGAUAGUAGCUUCUCUCUAAUACCCUUCAUAGCUAUGGAGCAGAGUAUUCCUUGAAAUUCUAAUCCAAUCCAGAAGAUUCUCGUGGUCCUCUCAGGAAGCUGUUGCCCAUCUGAAAAAAGAAAGGAGAAAAGACACAAGGAUAAAAGCAUGAAGGGUUAGAUGUUUCUACAUCUACCCUGAUUCAAGUUGCAUCCCAGCAAACCAUGAUAUUCGAGACUCAUUUUUUGGAGCCAGGAACAACUUAAAAGGAAAGAAAUGGGGUAAACAUUCUGUCUACGCAACUGAUUUUGCUGUUGAUAAUUUGGACACAGAGGAUGCUCCUGUGGCUUUUUUUCUCAUUCAGCUGCCUCCUGCCCUUCUCAAGGCCCCAGGUGAAAAUACCAUUUGAAACAGUGAAAUCCUGGGCUGACUCCUUUGGUGAAGAUUUGUAUUAUAUUGUCACAAAAUAUUCUGGUUCUCUCUUAUUACAGAAGAAGUAUAAAGAUGUGGAACCAAAUCUAAAGAUCAAAGAGGUGGAUGGCUUGGAGCUGGUAAAGUUAUUCUCUAAAGAAAUGGCAAGAAUGCUACAUAGAAAAGUAGAAGCUGUUGAGCGGUUAGUUGAAGCUGCAGAAGAUGCUGAUGUUUAUCAUGAAUACAACUCUUCAUUACAGUUUGAUUAUUACAAUGCUGUUUUGAUUAAUGAAAAGGAUGAAAAAGGUAAUUAUGUGCCACUCGGGAAUGAAUUCAUUCUGGAGCCAAAUGAGCAUUUCAAUAAUUUGCCAGUGAACACAACAUACAGUAAUGUACAACUUCCAACCAAUGUCUACAACAAAGACCCUGACAUUGUGAAUGGAAUUUACAUGUCAGAAGCCUUAGAUGCUGUUUUUGUGGAGAACUUUGAACGAGACCCAACUCUCACUUGGCAGUAUUUUGGCAGCACAACAGGUUUCUUCAGGCUUUAUCCAGGAAUAAAAUGGAAACCAGAUGAAAAUGGAGUCCUUUCCUUUGACUGCAGAAAUCGAGGCUGGUAUAUCCAGGCAGCUACAUCACCCAAAGAUAUUGUGAUUGUGGUGGACAUCAGUGGAAGCAUGAAGGGUUUGCGUCUUACCAUUGCUAAACACACUGUUGUCACUAUAUUGGACACACUGGGAGAAAAUGAUUUUGUCAAUAUUAUUGCUUACAAUGACUAUGUUCAUUACAUUGAGUCGUGUUUCAAGGGAAUCCUGGUUCAAGCUGACAGAGAUAACAGGGAGCAUUUCAAGCAGCUGGUGCACGAGUUACAAGCAAAAGGAGUUGGGAAGGUGAACAAAGCCCUGACUGAAUCUUUCAAAAUCCUGAGGGAGUUCAGAGACGCGGGACAAGGAGGUCUUUGCAACCAAGCAAUCAUGCUGCUCACUGAUGGAGCUAUGGAAGAUUAUGAAUAUGUCUUUGAGAAAUUCAACUGGCCUGAUCGUAAGGUCCGUGUUUUUACAUACCUUAUUGGGAGGGAAGUCAGUUUCGCACAGAAUGUGAAAUGGAUAGCUUGUAACAACAAAGGCUACUACACACAAAUAUCUACUUUGGCUGAUGUGCAAGAGAAUGUCAUGGAAUAUUUGCAUGUACUUAGUCGGCCAAUGGUUAUCAACCAUGAUCAUGACAUCAUAUGGACUGAAGCCUAUAUGGAUAGUGCUCUGCCACAAUUCGAGGAGCUCUUUGCCUCUCAAGCUCAAAGUCUUUUGCUUAUGACAACAGUGGCUAUGCCUGUCUUCAGCAAAAAAAAUGAAACGAGAUCCCAUGGAAUCCUUCUGGGUGUGGUAGGGUCUGAUGUUCCACUGAGAGAGCUCCUAAAGUUAGCUCCACGAUACAAACUGGGUAUCCACGGAUAUGCCUUUCUAAUUACUAACAAUGGCUACAUUCUGUCUCAUCCUGACCUCCGGCCACUGUACAAAGAAGGGAAAAAACUGAAGCCCAAACCUAAUUACAACAGUGUUGAUCUUUCUGAAGUAGAAUGGGAAGAUGUCAAUGAAACUUUACGAACAGCAAUGAUCAAUGGAGAAACUGGUUAUUUGUCCAUGGAUGUGAAAGUGCCUAUGGAUAAAGGAAAAAGGAUUCUGUUCCUCACUAAUGACUAUUUCUUCACUCAUAUUAGCCGCACUCCAUUUAGCUUGGGAAUUGUUCUGUCACGAGGAUAUGGUGAAUACACGCUGCUUGGGGACACUUCAGUGGAAGAAGGUUUGCAUGACCUUCUGCAGCCAGAUUUGACCUUAGCCAAUGAGUGGAUUUAUUGUGUUACAGAUAUUGAUCCAGCUCAUAGGAAGCUAAGUCAGUUGGAGGCUGUAAUCCGUUUUAUUACAGCAGAAGAACCUGACCUUGAAUGUGAUGAAGAGUUGGUUCAACAAGUUCUCUUCGAUGCCGUAGUUACAGCACCUAUGGAAGCCUAUUGGACAACUUUGGCCCUCACCAUGUCCAAUGAAACUGAAGAUGGUGUGCAGAUAGCCUUCAUGGGAACUCGAGCUGGUCUCAUGAGGAAUACCCUUUAUGUAGGAACUGAAAAACUGUCUAACAAGAACUUUUUAACCAGUUAUGAUAAGGAAAGCAUUUUCACCAUGGACCACUUCCCCCUUUGGUAUCGCCGAGCAGCUGAACAUCCUCCGGGGAGCUUCGUUUAUAGCCUUUCUUUUGAAGAGGAUUCAGAGGGAAGUUUGCCUGAGGCAGUGACAGUAAGCACAUCUGUGACUGUGACUAUUGGUGGGAAGACAGGAAUUGCUGCAGCGGUGGGGGUACAGCUUAAAUUGGAAUGGCUCCAGCAGAAAUUAUGGGAGGCUACACAACAGCCCAAUGAUACGGAUUGUAGUAAUGUGGACGGCUUGUGUCCAAUGAACUGUCGUGAUGAUAAACUGAAUUGCUAUCUUAUUGAUAACAAUGGAUUCAUACUUACUUCCAAAAUCUCCCAACAGAUUGGAAAAUUCUUGGGAGAAGUAGAUGGUUCUGUUACAAUUCAGCUCGUAAAUAUGGGGAUGCUCAAAGAAGUGAAGAUGUUUGAUUACCAAGCCAUGUGUAAAGUGCCCCAUCACCAUCAUAGUGGUUCCCGUCCUCUUCUCAGUCCAGUUUACACAUUAUUGGCAGCAGCAAAGUGGCUGAUCACCGAUUUCCUCAUAUUCCUUUUGGAAUUUAACAUUUUUAGUUUCUGGCAUGUGGAUAACUUGGCUGAUGCCAAAUCCGUUUUUCAUCAUGCUCACAGACAUAAGAAACACGAUGCACUGCAACCCUGUGACACUGAAUAUCCGGUGUUUGUGUACGAGCCUGCUAUUGAAGAGGCCAAUGGACUAAUUGACUGCGGAGCCUGUCAGAAGAUGUUUUUGGUGCAGCAAAUUAUGAAGAGCAACCUUCUGCUCCUGGUAACUGAUGCCACCUGUGAUUGCAGCAUCUUCCCAUCUUUUGCACUGCAAGCAAAAGAAGUGAAAUACAACAGUUCAGUGAAAUGCGACAGGAUGCGCUCUCAGAAACUAAGACGCCGACCAGACACCUGCCAUGCAUUCCAUCCAGAGGAAAAUGCCCAAGAUUGUGGAGGAGCUGCAGCAAUUUCAGCCUCAUCAAUCUUGCUCCUGUUUCUGCUGUCAACAACAGCUCUUCUUCUGCGGUGACAAAGUGCACUGCAGUCCUUACCUUCAGCCUGGGCUGCUAUUUUCACAUGGAUCUCAAACAGAACUUGACCUCAUUAUUUUUGAAGGACUUCCUAACUCUACAUUGUAUUUACAAGUGAUACAGAAGAGAGAUAAUAACUAUGAGACAAAGCUAACAACUGACUCUUUCCAUCUCUACAGUACAGAGAUGUCCAUCUAAGGCAGGAAUAGGCAACCUUGGCUCUUUUAUGACUCGUGGACUUCAACUCCCAGAAUUCCUGAGCCAGCCAAGGUUGCCUACCCCUGAUCUAAAGGUAGUGUUGGGUAAAUGAUGUUUAUUAGAUUUUUGUCUUAGCGUAUAACGUAUAGACUGUAAUGAAUUAGCUUUCUCCACCUGGAGAAAGAUGCUAUCUACUGGAUUUAAGCCUCUAAUACAGGUAGUCCUCAAGUUAUGAUCAUGAUGGAGCUCGCCCAUCAGUCGUAACUCAUGACAGACAUAAAGCAGGUUGGUCAAAUAACCAAUCCAAUAUUAUGACCUUUUCCGCAACAGUCUAACACUGCAGUUGUUAAGUGGAUCAAGGGUUCACUAUGGGCUGGUUUUUCAGAAAACUGGGAUGCCCAUUUUCAGCAAAACCAUUGUAAUCCAUAAUCCACUUGACCACAUUGACUCUGUGAAUUGCCAUAAAUGCAGGCCAGCUGCGGUCAUAUGUGACCACGUGGGGGAGCAACCAUUGGAAUUUUGAACCUGGGUUGCAAGUUCUCCCCAAGUAGGUCCAUCGGAAUUUCUGUUGUUAAGUGACCAGUCGUUGAGGACUACCUUUUGCUUGGUUAAAUAAUUUUAAAUGUUUGGACAAAACUGGUGAGAAAUAUCAGAAUUGAUUUUUUUUUCUCCAAAAUUGAACUUUGGCAUGAGGACAGGUCAGGGAUGUGUUCUGGAAUUUUUUAACUCUUGCAAUUUUCAGCCAGAGUUAUGUCUUUUACAUUAAACACUUGAACAUUUUAUAGAAUUAUGAUUCCCUGUGUAAAUUACAGAAAUAAGUAUCAGACUGAACUUACAAAUUAAGACACUCGAUUUGGCAAUGACAAUGUUUUCAAAAAUGAUUUUGGAAAAAAAACCGUGGACAUUAGGCUGCUGCCUAGGUUUAAUGAGAUAUUAGAUGAUAUUGUUGCUUCCAGCCAGCCACUUUAUGCCAAAGAUUUAUUUUCCCUUUCAGACAAACGCUUCCUCAUUGGUAAGACUGCAUAAUAAAUUCUUUAAGUUAUUAAGGGCAUGAUGCACAUCUAAGAGGAUGCAUUCCUGAGAUGUAGAAAUUAUCUCUACUUUUGGAAGCUGUUUUUCUUUGUGAAAGAAACUAUGGGCAAUUUCAUGCUCGCUUGAGAGUUUAUAGAUUUCACCCUUAGGAAUUUAAGUACCAGAUUGUUAUACAACAAAAAACUUGACAUUUUUACUGUAUGAGACUCAAAAUAGAAGUUAGAUUAACUCAACAUGAAUGAUCAGAAAUGAUCAUCUUACAAAGCACCGUCAGGAUGGCUAGGAGUUCAUAAAGUUGAAAGAGGCUAUUUACACUAUCAAAUCCAACCUUAUCCUCAGUCCUAGAAUCCAAUUUUAUUGACUAAUACAUACACAAAAGAAAUUUGUGAUAGGUUGUUUUGUUUUGCUUCCACACCACAUCCUUUUCCCCAUAUAGUAUUUGCACUGUAUAUUGCAUAGUCAUGUUGACAAGCACAAAGGAUUAUUUUUACGUUGAUGCUGAAGCAACCACAAAUUGGACUAUUUAUUAAUGUGUAAAGAUGUAAUAAAACAUUUUCAAUACUUAACAGCAGGCAUCGAAAAUUAGAGGAUACCAAGAUUGCAUCUAAAAAUAUACUGCUCAAAAAAAUAAAGGGAACACAAACAUAUAGGAUCCUAUAUGUUUGUGUUCCCUUUAUUUUUUUGAGCAGUAUAUAUUAAAGCAGCACUAACAAUUAAACUAUUAAGUCUGACUGGCAUGUUUUGUCAUUUUUUUCUUCAUGUGGCCUAAAUUUUACCCUUCAAUUGUUAAGAACAUUUUAAUAUUGCUGGACACCAGUUCUAGAAUUAAGGUAAGGAAUGAUCAAUCAGUAGUAACAGUAUUUGACAAGAAAAAGAGCCAGGAGAAGCAUAAAGGGAGAUAGAUGGUCCAUGACUGUGGACUUCAAAUCACCAACUUAAGUCUUUUUUCAGAGAACCUAGAUACAAGCAAUUUCUCCUCUAUUGCCAUAGACAAAUAGAUUUUGGAAAUGUUAUUUUCAUGAAGGUACAGUUCCUUCUGUUUUAGACUAUUUAAACAGAAAGAUAAAGCUCUCCAUAACACAUCAAUUGACCUUGGCAUAUGCACACAUCAGGCUAAUUUGUCAUCCUUCCACAGAAUGCCAUCCUCCUUUAAGGCGAUCUGUCCUAAUGCAUCUGUUCUUCCAAUUCCAAGCCAAAUAUAGUUUUGGCACCGUUUCUUUUUUAAUCUCUGAAAAAACUAUAUCAUAGAAUCAAGCUUAUGAAUCCAACUCUCCUGUGCAGACACCACUCAUAUUUUUAAAAUGUUACUGUAACAUCAUUCAUUUAUUUUUGUUUGUUUAUUGCCCAAGAGGCAGCUUGACAAACUUCAGAGUAGAUAAAAAUAGUUCUACAGACUAGUUUUAAAAUCUUCAGAAAAGCAAGUGAUGCACAGGUCUCAACAACACCUAAAUGGUCAUAUUAGGAAGACAACAAUUAUUUUAACCUGGUGUUCUAAAAAGAAGGGAAGAAAGAUACAAAACACAGUCUAAAUAAAACACAUGGCUUUCUUGAAAAAAUUAAAAGGUAGUCAAUACUUGUUUAAUUUCAAGUUAAUAUGGUUUCUGUGAUGAGCUGCUGUGAUGUGGCUGAGCAUUCAGAUUUUUUCAGCUCAGGUUGCUAACGGUGUCAUAUAUAAAAAAUCCUACGUGGUGGAAAACCUAUCCUAAAAUUUUCAGUAUUCACCCUCGAUAUUAAACCAACCAUUCAACAGAUCUGAUUAAAUUACCUGAUACAUUCCGGUAGUCCUUGAUUUAUGACGAUUUGUUUGAUGGGUCAGUUAGGAUGGCCUUGGAAAAAAUGGCAUACGAUCCCUACUCGCACUUAUAACUGUCACACCACGCUCGCAGUCACAUGAUCGCAAUUUGGGCACUUGGCAACCAGCUCACGUUCACCAGUUGCAACAUCCCGCAGUCAUGCGUUCACAAUUUGCAACCUUUUUUUGCCGGUUUCCAGCAAAAAAUGCUCAUUAGGGUAGCUGGAUUCAUUUAAUAACCACUAUAAAAAUUGUCACAAAAUUGCAACAACUCACGAUAAAAAUUCAGGUCCCAACUGAGGUCAUACGUCAAGGACUACCUACCUGGGGGUGUAUGUGAGUAUUAAAUUACAAAUGCAGUUACCUCUUAUAAAUUUAUACUGAAAAGACAACAACAACAAUAAAAGCAAAAAUCCAAA